CCCCGCGCCGCGGGGCGGAUGCUCGGCGGACGGCCCCGCGCCGGGGCGGCCGCGCUGAACCCGUUGCGCUUCGCCAUCGUGGAGGCGAGGCAGGAUGUUCGCUGUCUUCACCCCCCCCUCCAUCCCCCACCGCCAGCGCUGCCACCCCUGCGGGGGGGGGGGGGAGAAAACACGCAAAAAUGUCGAAAAACGCAGCCCCGGGCCCGGGCGCUGACGCGGUGCCGAGGCGGCGGCGUGGGCCCUUCCUGGCGGCUGGCGCUGGGGGGCUGCAGCCUCCCCGGGGGGGCCCGAAAACUGAUGCGCGUUUUUAUAUGCAAAAUAUGCAAAAACAGAUGUACGUUUUUAAAGGGUAGGACCCUCCGGGAGGGGAAAAACGCAGAGCGGCUCCGGCCCGGGGGCUGGACCCGGCGGGUGCCGCGGGUCGGGCGCCGGCGGGGCCGGCGGCCGCCGAGCUCCUUGGCGCUGCGGUUCGCAAAGCUCUUGGCCCGGCGCUCGGCCCCCAGCUUGCCUCGGGGAGCUGCUUUUAAGCCCAGGACCUCGUAAAACACUUGGUGCAACGCCAUGCGAGGAAUUAUUCAUUGAUAAAACGAUUAACUAAAAGGGAGACCGUAGGAGUCAGGGCUGGAAGGGGGGAAGGCGCCGGCGGCGAAGCAGACAGCCGUGCCGGCCAGAGGGUGGCUGUGCCGUGCCGGCAGCUCGGGAGGCACCAGCGCUGAUCGCCAUCGGCGUUUUGGAUUAACGAAGCCAGAACAAAAAAAAUACAGCUGAUUGCAGAGAGUCAGGGGACGUCUUCCGUGCCGCGGAGGACCCGGGGGCGCCGGCGACGUGGCGGCCCGGGGCUGUAGGAAUGGGCUCAGCUUCGGGGACCGGGGCGGGCGGCGGGACGGACGCGGGGACAGGGACGUCCCGGCUUCCCCUAGGGCCUCUCGCCCCCCGGCCCACCCCUCCGCAGCGACCAUGGGCUGCUGCUGCAGUUCGGACUACGACGACGACUGGAUCGAGAACAUCGACAUCUGCGAGCGCUGCAAUUACCCCAUCGACCCCAGCGAGAAGCGGCAGAGGCUGAUCCGCAACGGCUCCGAGGUGCGAGACCCGCUGGUGUCCUACGAGGCCACCUCGCCGCCCUGCUCCCCGCUGCAAGAGAGGCUGGUGGUGGCUCUGUACAACUACGAGCCCAACCACGAUGGAGACCUGGGGCUGCAGAAGGGCGAGAAGCUCCGCAUCCUCGAAGAGACGGGCGAGUGGUGGAAGGCGCAGUCGCUCACCACCGGCCAGGAGGGCUUGAUCCCCUACAACUUUGUGGCCACGGUCAACAGCCUGGAGCCGGAGCCGUGGUUCUUCAAAAACCUCAGCAGGAAGGACGCGGAGCGGCAGCUCCUGGCCUCGGGGAACACGCACGGCUCCUUCCUCAUCCGCGAGAGCGAGACCUCCAAAGGCUCCUACUCGCUGUCGGUGAGGGACUUCGACCAGAACCAGGGCGAGACGGUGAAGCACUACAAGAUCCGCAACAUGGACAACGGCGGGUACUACAUCUCCCCCCGCGUCACCUUCGGCAGCCUGCACGAGCUGGUGGAGUACUACACACGCAGCUCCGACGGGCUGUGCACCCGCCUCGGCCAGCCCUGCCGGACCCAGAAGCCGCAGAAGCCGUGGUGGCAGGACGAGUGGGAGGUGCCGCGGGAGUCGCUCAAGCUGGUGGAGAAGCUGGGAGCGGGGCAGUUUGGAGAAGUCUGGAUGGGCUUCUACAACGGCCACACCAAGGUGGCCGUCAAAAGCCUGAAGCAGGGCAGCAUGUCGCCCGGCGCCUUCCUGGCGGAGGCCAACCUCAUGAAGAACCUGCAGCACCCGCGGCUGGUGCGGCUCUACGCGGUGGUGACCAAGGAGCCCAUCUACAUCAUCACCGAGUACAUGGAGAAAGGCAGCCUUGUGGACUUCCUCAAGACCUCGGAAGGGAUCAAGCUGACCAUCAACAAACUGCUGGACAUGGCCGCGCAGAUCGCCGAAGGCAUGGCCUUCAUCGAGGCCAAGAACUACAUCCACCGCGACCUGCGGGCCGCCAACAUCCUGGUGUCGGAAACCCUGUGCUGCAAGAUCGCCGACUUCGGGCUGGCCCGCCUCAUCGAGGACAACGAGUACACGGCUCGCGAGGGGGCUAAAUUCCCCAUUAAAUGGACAGCGCCGGAGGCCAUUAAUUACGGGACGUUCACUAUUAAGUCAGACGUCUGGUCCUUCGGCAUCCUGCUGACGGAGAUCGUCACCUACGGCCGGAUCCCGUAUCCAGGGAUGACGAACCCAGAGGUGAUACAGAACCUGGAGCGCGGCUACCGCAUGCCGCAGCCGGAAAACUGCCCGCGGGAGCUGUACGAACUGAUGAUGCAGUGCUGGAAGGAGCGGCCCGAGGACCGUCCCACCUUCGAGUACAUGAAGAGCGUGCUGGAGGACUUCUUCACGGCCACCGAGGGCCAGUACCAGCAGCAGCCGUGAGGCACCGGGCGCCCCGCGGGUGCUCCCGGCCGCUGGCCCCCCCCCCCCCCCCCCGCACGUCUUUCGCAGACACGACGCCGGGCCUCGCCGCUCCCGCAGGCAACAGUGAAGAUUCGACGCGUUUCCGGAGCGGCGGAUUUUCUCCCCCCUCUCCUCCAGCCCCCUCGGAGGACGGUGAUGACCGAGGGGCGCUGGCACAGAGCCCCCCCCCCCCCCAACCCGCCGCAGAGAGCGUCCGCCGCGGCCUGGCCGGCCCGUCCCGAUUCCGGGGCGCUCCCCGGUUCCCGCAGCACGUGCUUCCGUCGGCGGCGGCUUUUCCAGCAGAAACUCUUCCCCGUUCGGGAGCGGGGGCGUCCAGACGGGCCGGACGUUGGCUGUAGGACCCUCUUUCUCCCCAUUUUUUUUUUUUUUUUUUUUUAUUAUUAUUCCCCAAAUUCUGUCUCGUCCUGCUGUCUCGUUUUUGGCAAAUAAAGGCCUUCGGACCGACCCCCUCGAGGCGGCGGCGGAGACGGAGGGGCGGGGGGGGCCGCCGGCGCCAGCCCGGCCCCGGGGCGAUGCGGGGAACGCGGGGCCCGUUCCCGCCGGCCCCCUUUGCCCCCCUUCCCCCCCCCCCCGGCAAUGGUCCAGCCCCAUCUGGAGCUCCCCCCCACCUCCGCUGAUAGUUCC